GCCAGCAGCCCCUCCCCUCGGCUCUCCUCAUGGAUGUAAUAAUCUCUGACUUGACAACAGGUGCCUGUCCAGUCCCAGACAAAGUCAACUGUCCAGACCUCGGCGAGCAUUUGGCAGGAGAGUCGGAGCGCAGCUACACACGCGCCCAGCCUCCAGAAACCGCCAUUGAAGCUUCUGCAGAAAUGGGUCGUCAAGAGGCGGAACACAUCUGGAAGAAGGUCAUCGGAAACAUCCAAGAGGUCUUUGACUUCAUGGAUGAGGUGGGAGUGGGGGCGUUCUCAGAGGUCUUCAUGGUGAAGGAGAAGACGACAGAAAAGUUGUUUGCCAUGAAAUGCGUGAAAAAGAAACAGAAAAGAGAUCUAAAUCUGGAGAAUGAGAUCACCGUGCUGAGAAGAAUCAAACACGACAACGUUGUGGGGAUGGAGGAUUUAUAUGAAAGUCAGACCCAUUACUAUCUCAUCAUGCAGCUUGUUUCAGGCGGGGAGCUCUUUGACCGUAUACUGGACCGGGGGGUGUACUCAGAAAAGGACGCCAGCAGCGUGAUCCAGCAGGUGCUGCAGGCCGUCAGCUACCUGCACGAGAACGGCAUCGUGCACCGGGACCUCAAGCCGGAGAACAUCCUGUACUACAGCCAGGAAGAGAACUCCAAAAUAAUGAUCAGUGAUUUUGGACUUUCCAAGAUGGUUGACAAUGACAUCAUGUCGACAGCCUGUGGCACCCCAGGAUACGUAGCUCCUGAAGUUUUGGCACAGAAGCCCUACAGCAAGGCAGUGGACUGUUGGUCUAUUGGAGUUAUCACCUACAUUUUGGAAGUAUAACAACUCUGUGGAUAUCCGCCUUUCUAUGAAGAAAGUGAGACAAUACUGUUCUCUAAAAUCAUGAAGGCGCAGUAUGAGUUUGACUCGCCUUUCUGGGAUGACAUAUCUGAAUCUGCUAAAGAUUUCAUCCGUAACAUGAUGCAGAAAAAUCCCACGAUGCGCUACUCCACUGACCUCGCGCUCAGACAUCCCUGGAUUAUGGGAAAGACGGCAUGGAGUCAGGACAUCUACUAUUCCGUCAGCGUUCAGAUCCAAAAGAACUUUGCCAAGUCCAAGUGGAAGCAAGCCUUUAAGGCAACCGUAGCCAUCAACCACAUGAAGAAGCUGCAUCUGGCCAGCACAGAGCUGGCCCUGAGGAAGACCAGUAUCCCAGACAUCAAGGUGAUCCACGUGUCCUCCCCGAAGAAAAACAACAAACGUCUUGAUCCAGACAAAUUUGACCCAAAAAUGAAAGUAGGCGGGACAAUUCACAUGUCGCUGCCCACGAGCCCCAUAGAAACAAAGAGCCAUUAUCACACACUGAAGGCCACUCAGGGUCAGUGCGUCUCGCAUCACGCUCCCACCAUGGCCGAGCAGGGCAAGAACGUCUACCACUCAGAGCCCGCCAACCUCAACGGGUAUGGUAAAAAUCGUAACGGCAAGACUCUACAGACUGGAGUUUUCUCCGUCAUGUGAAGGCUGCAUGAAGUUUACAUGGAAACAAGCAUUUUACUUGCCUGAGUGUGUUUCUGCCCUCAGAGUCCUCACAGUGUUGCUGUGCUGACUCAGCAUGCAGCUGUUUUGUGUCAGCAGGUCCCGCGGUACUGUGACUGAGAGGUGGUUGAUCCUCCGACGGACCCAGGCAGUCAGAGGGAUAUUUUUAUUUUUGGAAAGAGUGCCUAUGAAGCUCCCUGACGACCACACAGAAGUACACACACACACACACACACCAACCCAAUCUCAUGGGAAGGCUUAUAAAUAGCGAGACAUAUCCACGUGUCAUUAGUAUCCAUUCUUUGGCUUUUGCUUGUUGUUUAUAUGCUAGUGUAACCCCACGUCGCUACCGUGAAGUCCUGUGUCCGUUUGACCCACCAUACACGGUCCCUCGCGCAUUGUAUACUCCAUCACUUGUUGACAGCAUAUCAUAGUUACGCGGAUACGCUUUCAUUGCAGUCAGUACAGAAUACACGCCGUAGAAAUGACAUGACCAAAAGAAAGAAAGCUGUUCUAAUGAGCUAAACAAUGUUGUUUUAUUCAUAUGCUAUUUGGUUAGAGCGGGUUCCAAACACAAACACACACACACACACAAACACUCAAAUGCACAAGACUCACUUUAACUUAGAUGCACAGGGUAGAUAGAUAGAUAGAUAGAUAGAUAGAUAGAUAGAUAGACUUCAGUUAUCCGGGACAUCAGAAUUCGGGUAUUGGAGAGAUGGGCUGCUGAAUGUCGAGCUCAUUCAUCGUGAAGCAGCCUCUGAUCUCAUGAAGAGUUUAUAGCACACGUUCUGGUUUAUGAUCAGGGAUAGUUUAAUUCAUCAACACUCCAGUGUCCUGUCUUAUUAGGACUGUGGUUACAUGUUGUUUAAGAAAAUACACACAAUGCAAUAUUGUUGUACUUCAUGUGUACAAUACUGUUCUUUAUUAAACCUGCAAUUGCAAUAGAAUACAUGAGGGGAGAAAUGCAUGCUUACUGCUUCAAAUAAGCCAUACUGGUAUAAUAUAUCCUGGUGAAGUUGUUUAUUAUCUUUAUUACCUUCUUUGUGUUAUUUGUUGGUUGUUCUUAUUCAUUUUUUUAUUUCUAAAGUAUUUCUUUCCUUUUUAUAACAUAAGAGCGAUCCAGACAAAACUAUAAGAAUCAUGUUCCAACUGACAAACCAUCAACAGUCUAAAUGCCACAAGUAUAUCCACAACUUGCUGAACUCAUAUUGACCACUGCCAUCAAAUGUUAAAUGUCAUUCAUAAACACUGUUGUAGAUGUUUCUCCAAUUACUGUGAGUAUGUUUGUUGUCCCUUCAGCUAUAAGUGGCUUUAUUAUUGAUAUAGUCCAUGUGUGAUGAUGGGAUGCUCAGAAAUAAAGCCUCUACAGAAACUG